AUGCGUUUUGCUGUUUCUACUGCUGUAGUUGUUGCCAGUGCCGUUGCUGUGGCCACUGCCACUGAGGAUGCUUGCUCACAGAUGUGCUCGGAGGUCGAUGGAUGCCGCGGGUCCAAGUAUGGUUCAUACUGCAAGGGUUGGAUGACACCUUCUAUUUGCUUCGGUCUCGUCAGAAGAACUGACGGCUCCUAUUGCUUCCAGCCUGGUGAUGUUAGCUGCGUCGGCGAGGCCGUACCCUGUUCCAUGGGUCAUGUGACCACCGCUGAGCCCACUGAAUCUCCUUUCACCACAGCGGUUCCCGCAACCAAGUCAGCGUCUACUACUAGUGCUUCUAUUGCGACUACCGCUACUGAGGUUAAUACCACGGCUGCUCCAACGACUACCGCUCAGGCCGUGACAACCACCCCUGUGGAGACCACCACUAACACCGUCGGUCCUAUCACUACGACUACUGCUACCACAACUAGAGUGACAACUACGACUACUGCUACCACAACUAGAGCGACCACUACGACUACUGCCACCACUCCUAAAGCCACCACUACGACUACUACCACAACUAGAGCAACCACUACGACUACGACGACCACUAAAGCGACCACUACUACUGCUGCUUCUCCUGCAUUCGGUGGUCAUUACUGCGGUAGCAUGAUGGGCCAGAGUUUCACUGUUGACUUUGCCUCUAAUGGCCGCGCUACAUCAAUGUGA